AAAAGCCACAUCCGUUUUGUUUCGUUGCGAGAAGGAAUAGUGGAAUUCUGUCUUUCAGUUGAUGGUCUCUUGUGUGUCUCCGUGAGGAAGAUUCCACGUGUUUAGCAAUGGGGCAUUCUAAUAUUUGGUAUUCCCACCCCCGAAAAUAUGGGCAAGGAUCAAGAUCAUGCCGAGCUUGUGCCAAUGGCCACGGACUGAUCAGAAAGUAUGGUCUAAACCUCUGCAGGCAGUGCUUCAGGGAGUACGCCUCAGAGAUUGGAUUCAAGAAGCUGGACUGAAGAAGUGUCACAGUGAAGAGGUUUUCUGUGUACUGCAAUCAACAACAGCAACCUUACAAAUGUAUCUAUUACAUUAAACUUUAAUUUUUUAUUUUAAAA